GGAAAUAUAGAAUUAGAACAUACAGAGACAUAGAAAUAUAGAAAUCGAAGCACACUGAGCUACUUUGGAUUAUUAAUGGCGGGAAAGCUGCACGGAUACCAUCCUCAUAAAGGCAUCACCGUGUCGUCGUCGGAUGAAGAGAAAUGCAUCCAAGACUCGGAAGCAAAGGCCCUCUUCUCCGUCACCGGAAUGACGUGCUCCGCCUGCUCCGCCGCCGUCGAGAAGGCUGUCAAGCGCCUCCCCGGAAUCAAGGAGGCGGCGGUCGAUGUCCUCAACCACCGCGCGCAAGUCGUCUUCUGUCCCGCUUUUGCCAAUGAGGAAAUUAUCCGCAAGGCAAUUGAGGAUGCGGGGUUUCAAGCCAGACUGAUAACAGAAGAGAUAAAUGAGAGAUACACGCAAGUGUGCCAAAUUCGUAUACAAGGACUGAACUGCAUUUCUUGUUCCAUGACUCUGGAAUACUAUUUAUCGGCUAUGCAUGGAGUACAAAAAGCACUUGUUGCAUUGCCUAGUGAACAACUCGAAGUCCACUAUGACCCGAAAAUCUUGACCUAUGAUCAGAUUCUGGAAUACAUUGAAGACGUUGGGUUUGAGGGCACACUCAUCAGCAAUGGGGAAGAAGACCGGUGCAAAGUACGCCUCCAGGUUGAUGGACUACAAACGGAUGGUUCAAUGACAAUGAUCGAGAGUUCUCUUAGAGCAUUGCCGGGAGUUCAAGAAAUACACUUUGAGCCAGAGCUGAAGAAACUGUCGAUUUCCUAUGAACCAGACUUGACGGGGCCAAGAGAUUUCAUCAAGACUAUUCAGGCCUCUGGAUUGGGGAACACCAAGGCUGUCAUAUUUCCCGAAAGAAGAGGAAGAGAAGCUAACAGAGAGGAAGAAAUCAAACAAUACUAUAAAUCUUUUCUGUGGAGUCUUGUCUUUACCGUUCCUGUUUUCUUGAUUUCCAUGGUGUUUAUGUAUAUCCCUGUUAUCAAUCAUGGGCUGGACAUCAAGGUAGUUAACAUGCUUACUAUUGGGGAGAUUUUGAGGUGGGUGUUGACAACACCAGUUCAGUUCAUUAUCGGGCGACGAUUCUAUAUCGGUGCUUAUAAGGCACUGCGCCGUGGAUCGGCAAAUAUGGAUGUCUUGAUUGCACUGGGAACAAAUGCUGCUUAUUUUUAUUCGGUGUAUUCAGUUCUGAGAGCUGCAACUUCUCCGAGUUUUGAGUCUACUGAUUUUUUUGAGACCAGCUCAAUGCUCAUUUCUUUCAUACUACUGGGAAAGUACCUGGAGGUUUUGGCCAAGGGGAAGACUUCUGAAGCCAUAGAGAAGCUCAUGGACUUGUCUCCUGAGACAGCUACUCUGUUAACCAUAGACAGGGAAGGAAAUGUGUUGAAGGAGGAAGAAAUAGACAGCCAAUUAAUACAAAAGAAUGAUGUGAUGAAGAUUUUACCUGGUGGAAAACUACCAUGUGAUGGAUUUGUUACAUGGGGCCAAAGUCAUGUAAAUGAGAGCAUGAUUACUGGAGAAUCCAGGCCGGUUGCAAAAACGAAGGGUGACACAGUGAUCGGCGGAACCCUGAAUUCAAACGGAGUGCUGCAUGUUAAGGCAACAAAGGUUGGAUCAGAGAGUGCUCUUUCGCAAAUCCUUAGACUAGUUGAAUCAGCACAAAUGGCGAAGGCUCCUGUUCAGAAAUUUGCUGAUCUUGUGUCAAAAUUCUUUGUUCCACUGGUUAUAGUUCUUUCGAUCUCCACUUGGUUUGCCUGGUUUUCUGCUGGAAAAUUGAAUGGAUAUCCUAAAACCUGGAUUCCUUCUUCUAUGGAUAGUUUUGAGCUUGCUCUUCAGUUUGGCAUAUCAGUCAUGGUCAUAGCCUGUCCAUGCGCACUUGGCCUGGCUACUCCAACAGCUGUUAUGGUUGGUACUGGAGUUGGUGCUUCUCAAGGUGUGCUGAUCAAAGGUGGCCAGGCAUUAGAAAGCACUCAUAAGGUGAACUGCAUAGUCUUCGACAAGACGGGCACUCUCACAAUGGGGCAGCCAGUGGUGGUCGGCAGCAGGAUCUUGAAAGACAUUAGUCUUCAAGAAUUUAAUUCCCUGGUUGCUGCUGCCGAGGUGAACAGCGAACAUCCAUUGGCCAAGGCAAUCAUUGAGUAUGCUGAAAAGUCUAGGCAAGAUGAAGAGAACCCUGUUUGGCCAGAAGCCCGUGACUUCGAAUCCAUAACUGGUCAUGGUGUGAAGGCAGUUGUCCAAGGCAAAGAAGUCCUUGUGGGAAACAAGAGUUUGAUGUUGGAUCACAAUGUAGAUGUUCCACUGGAUGCUGAAGAGAUGCUAGCAGAAACCGAAGGGUUCGCUCAAACUGGAAUUCUUGUGUCUAUUGACAGGGAGCUGCAUGGAAUUUUUGCUGUAUCUGAUCCAUUAAAGCCUGGGGCUAAAGAAGUCAUCUCCAUUCUAAAAUCUAUGAAAAUCAAUAGUAUAAUAGUGACAGGUGACAACCAGGGAACUGCAGAUGCGAUUGCCAAAGAGGUCGGCAUAUAUAAUGUCAUUGCAGAGGCUAAGCCUGAGCACAAAGCAGAGAAAGUGAAGGAACUACAGGCUGCAGGGAACGUUGUGGCUAUGGUGGGAGAUGGGAUUAAUGACUCGCCAGCACUCGUUGCAGCAGACGUUGGGAUGGCAAUUGGUGCAGGCACAGACAUUGCGAUUGAGGCAGCUGACAUUGUUCUGAUGAAGAGCAAUUUGGAGGAUGUCAUAACUGCCAUAGACCUCUCUCGGAAAACCUUUUUCAGAAUCCGACUUAACUAUCUCUGGGCAUUAGGGUACAACACCCUUAGCAUCCCCCUUGCUGCAGGGGCACUUUUCCCGUCCACUGGAUUUCGGUUGCCACCAUGGGUUGCCGGAGGAGCCAUGGCUGCCUCUUCAGUCAGUGUUGUCUGCAGCUCUCUUUUACUGAAGAAUUACAAGAGACCUACGGUGCUGGAUGCUCUAGAGAUAAAGAGGAAAAACCGAGUAGAUUUCUAAGGCUAACAAUUCCAAAUCAAUGCAUAGGUAUUGUACUAGGAACCGUGCUACAAGUAUAAGAAUUUGUAUAUUUUGCUAUUACUCGGAUCACAAGAUUCCAACUUUCUACUGCUAAGAUCAAUCACUAGUAAUCUACAAAUGCACAGAUUUUCAUUAGAUGUGGAAUGGUCGGAAGAAUUUCAGUUGAAAUA